AUGCAGACCAAACACUUCUUCACCGACCCAAACCACCUCGUCCAAACAGCCCUCCACUCCCUAACCCUAACAAACCCCUCUCUAGCCCUCGACCAAGAAAACAAAAUCGUCUUCCGGCGCCCCGACGCCCCCCGCAGCGCAACCAAAGUCUCAAUCGUCACAGGCGGCGGCUCAGGCCACGAACCCGCCUUUGCAGGUUUCGUCGGCAAAGGACUAUGCGAUGCCUCGGUCGCAGGAACCAUCUUCGCCUCCCCGUCCGCCGAGCAGAUCCGGCGCGCCGUCAUCGAUCGCGUGCCGACCGAGAACGGCGUGCUGAUUCUGCCCAUGAAUUACACCGGGGACGUGUUGAAUUUCGGGAUGGCAGCGGAGAAAUCCCGCGCCGCGGGCAUUCGCACUGAGUUUUUUGCUAUUAAUGAUGAUGUGGGCGUUGGGAGGGUUAAGGGCGGGAAGGUUGGGAGACGGGGCAUUGGGGGUGGUGUUUUGAUUUUGAAGAUGGUUGGGGCGUUGGCUGAGGCUGGUGCUUCGCUGGAUGACGUCUAUGCUUUGGCCCAAUUGGCAAAUGCCAACCUCGUCUCCCUGGGCUCGUCACUAGAACACGUCCAUGUGCCCGGUCGUGGUCUGCCAGAGGAUACAAUCCCAGAUGGCGAAGUCGAAGUAGGAAUGGGAAUCCACAAUGAACCAGGCUCGCACCGCGUCAAGUUCAACCUCGUCGAGCUGGUCGAGGGUAUGCUCCUCCAACUGCUCGACCACAACGACCCAGACCGCUGCUAUGUGACCCGCAAGCCGGACGACAAGUUCGUCCUCCUGAUCAACAACCUCGGCGGUGUGAGUCCGCUCGAGCUGGCCGGUAUCACCGAUGAAGUAUACCGCCAACUGGAACGCGACUACCAGGUGACCAUGGCGCGCGUCAUCUCGGGCACAUUCCUGACCAGUCUGAACGGACUCGGAUUCAGCAUAUCCCUCAUGAAGCUCGUAGACCCCGGCUUCGGCGCAGGAAAGUCCAUGCUGGAAUUGCUGGAUGCCCCCGCCGAAGCCAUUGGCUGGUCGGCGCCCGUCAACACGGAAACCUGGACAAACAGGAUCGACACACCAGUCGAUCUAAAGACCACAGUUCAAGUGGAAGAUAUCCCCAGCAACUUGACCCUCGACCCAACAACCGUCCGGAACGUCCUGUCAUCCGGCCUCCGCCGCGUAAUAGCAGCUGAAAGCGAAGUCACACGCUACGACACGAUCGUCGGCGACGGCGACUGCGGCAUCGGGCUCAAGCGCGGCGCAGAAGCAAUCCAAGCCCUCCUCGACACCGCAACCCCACCCUUAUCAACAGACAUAGUGGUCACGCUGAACCGAAUCGUCACGGUUGUCGAGAACGUAAUGGAUGGCACGUCCGGCGCGCUCUAUGCCAUUUUCCUGAAUUCCUUGGCGCACGGCCUGCGGGCCCAGGACACUGGGUCGUCGGCGCCGGCUACGACGGAAAUCUGGGCUAAGGCUUUGCAGAUGUCGUUGCAGGCACUAGGCAGGUAUACGCCUGCUCAGGUUGGGGACCGGACGCUUGUUGAUGCUCUUACGCCGUUUAUUGAGACGCUUGGGGAGUCCGGGGAUUUGGCAUUGGCGGCGGAGGCGGCUGGUCGGGGGACGGAGUCGACGAAGGGGAUGAGGGCUUCGCUUGGGAGGAGUGUUUAUGUGGGUGGGGAGGAGGAGUGGGUUGGGAAGAUUCCUGAUCCUGGGGCUUUUGGGUUGUCUGAGUUUUUGAGGGGGCUUGCUGAGGGGGUUUGA